GGAACCACAACUCCCAUGAGUCCACAGCGCGCACCAUAACAAACACGAGCUGCGUGGAGAGCGCACGGUGCCACAGAGACAGCACACCGCGUAAAAGAGUCGACACAGCGGCGCGCACGGAUCACUUUUCCCCCCAAAUGCAUGGAGCGAGUGCCGGCCACGGACCACUUCUACAACCAUGGCUAAGGACGCGGAGGUGGAGCGCAUCGCCAAAAAACUGGACAAGAUGGUGCACAAGAAGAACACGGAUGGAGCUCUGGAUUUGCUGCAAGAACUGAAGAAUAUUAAGAUGUCAUUGGAGACACUGCAGUCUACGAGAGUGGGGAUGUCCGUGAACGCCGUGAGGAAGCUGAGCUCAGAUGAAGAGGUCCAGACUUUGGCCAAAGGUCUCAUCAAAUCCUGGAAGAAACUGAUCGACGGUGCAGAGAAAAAGUCUGAGGAAAAAGAGAUGAAGCCAGAGCCCCUGGUGAGGUCUUCAUCCACCUGCAAAGACUCGGGCCACGAGAAGAGUCAUAAAGCUGAGGAACCCCAGACGCCCUCCGCCUCCUCUCGUAUGACCUCGUUCCCCCCGGCCCCGGUCACCUCCGACAGCGUCCGCAACAAGUGUCGAGAGCUGCUGGUGUCUGCGCUCCAGACUGACGGAGACUACAAGUCGUAUGGAGUUGACUGUGCGCAUCUCGCUGCACAAAUUGAAGACCAGAUCUACCAGGAGUUUAAGUCCACAGACACGAAGUACAAAAGCCGCCUCCGGAGCCGGAUCUCCAACCUGAAGGACCAGAAGAACCCGGACCUGCGGCGGAACGUGCUGUGUGGACACAUCGGGCCCCAGCGCAUCGCCAGCAUGAGCGCAGAGGAGAUGGCCAGUGCUGAGCUGAAGCAGAUGCGUGAGACUCUGACUAAAGAGUCUAUCCGGGAGCACCAGCUGUCCAGAGUGGGCGGGACUGAGACUGACAUGUUUGUGUGCAGCAAGUGUAAGGGCAAUAACUGCACUUAUAAUCAGGUGCAGACUCGCAGCGCGGAUGAGCCCAUGACCACAUUUGUCGUGUGCAACAACUGUGGCCACAGAUGGAAGUUCUGUUGAAAAACCCCAAAUAUCUUUUCCGCCGAAGAUGAAGUGAACUGACAUGGACGAAAAACGACAAAAGAUUUGUUUAUUUUUUUCUUUUUGUAUAAUUUCACAUUAUUAAAUUAUGACGAUGUAAUAUAUUAAGAAAAAUGUGCCAGUUCUGUUUCUUUAGUAUGAAGCACUUAGGUUAAUUUUGAUGUACAUAAUGAUAAAAAGAAACACAAUAAAUUGUACUGAGGCCUUGUGAAAACGGUGCCUUUCUUUGACAAACUUUGAUGCCACAUAUUUCGCAUUUUCUAUUAAAUUUGCUCUU